AUGUCGUUGCGCUCACGCACACAUAUUCAGGGAAGCUGCCCGCCGAUCUUGUAUGUCCUAGAGAGUUGCCCCCCCUCCCGUUUGCCCUCCCCCUCUUCCGCGCAAACAGAGAGUGCUUGGGCGCUGGUUUCACUUGUGCAGGGGGCGUGGCCACAGCAGCCCAGCAGUCCAACAGUCCAGUUACUUACCGUGCAUGUACUACAGACGUCCCCCGUACCAAACCCCCUCCCUUUCCCCACACCUGCGAGACUACGAAUACUGCGGCGAUGCAACAUCUUCCUGACUGACUCGGCCUCCAACUUUCGCAUCCCACAGUUGCAACAGCAUUACGACCUGGUCGCUGCACGGCCCACAGACGAGCGGACACUGCAGCAAGCAUGCCAGAGCCUCGAUGUCGACAUCAUUUCCCUUGACCUCACCAGCAGGUUCGAAAAGCACUUCAAGUUCCCCAUGAUCGGCUCAGCGCUGGCACGUGGCAUCAAGAUCGAGUUGUGCUAUAGUCAGGGUAUGCUGUCAAGCGAUCCCAUGGCGAAGCGCAACCUGAUCAGCAACGCAACACAGCUCAUACGCGUCACGCGAGGACGAGGCUUGAUAUUUAGCUCCGAAGCCAAGAGCGUCCUGGGCAUACGAGCACCAAGCGACAUCAUGAAUCUAGCUUCAGUAUGGGGUCUAGGCACCGAAAGAGGCAAAGACGGCCUGAUCAAAGAACCACGGAGCGUGGUCGAAUUUGCACGACUGAAGCGUCAAAGUUUCAAGGGCAUCAUCGACAUUGUCAACGGGGGAGAGAAGCCGGUGGAAAAGCCUUUGGUAGAGGCGAAGAACAAGGCCAGCAAGAAUCCAAAUGGGAAGCGGCCUGGAGACUUGAGCGGCGAGAAGCCACUGUCCAAACGUCAACAAAAGGCCAAUAAGAUGGCGAAAACUGAUGCCGGCAGCACUGCAAAGCUGCUGACUCAUCGCCUUGAUCCAAAGCCGAAGGAAACAACCCAAUCUUGA